AUGGCGGCUGCGGUUGCGACAGGGGUUGCACCGACGGCGAUGGUUGAUCAAGUUCCGAGUCCGACGACUCAGACUCCGGUUCAGGUUCCGGUUUCGAUACCUGCCGUUCCAACUCCGGCUUUGGUGGUGGAUCAAACCCACCCGAACUCGUCGCUUUACGCAGGAGAUCUGGACGAGAGAGUGUCCGAAGCGCAUCUGUUCGAUAUGUUCAAGCAUAUCGGUAAUGUUGUCUCGGUUCGAGUUUGUCGCGAUCAGAACCGUCGAUCUUUGGGAUAUGCCUACGUCAAUUUCAGUAACCCUAAUGAUGCUAUCCGCGCAAUGGAGGCCUUGAACUAUACUCCUCUCUUUGACCGACCCAUCCGGAUCAUGCUCUCGAACCGUGACCCGAGCACGCGAAUAAGCGGCAAAGGAAACAUUUUCAUCAAAAACCUUGACGCUUCAAUCGACCAUAAGGCUUUGUUCGAGACGUUUUCGAGUUUUGGAACAAUCCUCUCAUGCAAAGUUGCAACCGACGUGGCUGGACGGUCCAAGGGAUAUGGAUUCGUCCAGUUUGAGAAAGAGGAAUCGGCUGAAGCCGCAAUUGACAAGCUAAACGGAAUGCUAAUGAACGACAAGCAAGUCUACGUGGGACACUUCAUCAGACGCCAAGAACGUGCUCGGGACGAAGACGCCCCUACACCACGUUUCACUAACGUGUACGUCAAGAAUCUCCCCAAGGAGAUUGGUGAGGAUGAGCUAAGGAAGACAUUUGGUAAAUUUGGAGUGAUAUCGAGCGCGGUUGUGAUGAGGGACCAGAGCGGAAACUCGAGGUGUUUCGGGUUUGUCAACUUUGAGUGUGUAGAAGCAGCGGCUUCGGCGGUUGAGAAGAUGAAUGGGAUUAGCUUAGGGGAUGAUGUGUUGUUCGUUGGGAGGGCUCAGAAGAAGUCUGAGAGAGAGCAGGAGCUGAGAAUGAAAUUCGAGCAGGAAAGGAUGAACAGGUUUGAGAAAUCUCAGGGAGCAAAUCUGUAUUUGAAAAAUCUUGAUGAUAGCGUCGAUGAUGAGAAACUCAAGGAGAUGUUCUCUGAGUUUGGAAAUGUAACCUCUUCCAAGGUUAUGGUUAAUCCACAAGGAAUGAGCAGAGGAUUUGGUUUUGUCGCGUAUUCCAAUCCUGAAGAAGCUUCAAGAGCCCUGAAUGAAAUGAAUGGGAAGAUGAUAGGAAGGAAACCACUUUACAUUGCUCUUGCGCAGCGCAAAGAAGACAGGCGAGCACACUUACAGGCAAUGUUCUCACAGAUUAGAGCACCAGCAGGGUCAGUGCCAUCUCCAAUGACGGGGUUCCACCACCCGCCAGGUGGGCCAAUGUCUGGUCCACCUCAGCACAUGUACGUAGGCCAGAACGGACCAAGUAUGGUCCCGUCCCAGGCCAUUGGAUACGGAUUCCAGCCUCAGUUCAUCCCCGGGAUGCGUCCAGGUUCUGGACCAGCUGGCAACUUCAUAAUGCCUUUUCCUCUUCAUAGACAACCUCAGGCCGGUCCUCGAAUGGGACUCAGGCGUGGUGCUACUAACAUGCCGCAUCACAUCCAACAACAACAAAUUAUGCAACGUAACCCAAGUCCGGGAAUGAGAUAUAUGAAUGGUGCGGAUAACGGGGGGAACGGAAUGGAAUCGAGUGUUCCGCAAGGAAUCCUGCCUCCUAUCAUGCCUUUACUAGUAGAUGCUUCUUCAAUCGCUCUUGAUUCUACUCUUAAUCACCAGAAAACUCCUCUUCUUCCAAUCUCUAAGCUCACUUCUGCCUUAGCUUCCGCUAAUCCAGCUGAUCGCACACGGAUGCUUGGAGAGAAACUUUACCCACUAGUGGAAAGGCACGAACCAGUUCACGUGGCUAAAGUGACAGGAAUGUUGUUGGAGAUGGACCAAGCAGAGAUAUUGCACCUGCUCGAGUCACCAGAGGCACUCAAGUCUAAAGUAUCUGAGGCUUUAGAUGUUCUAAGGCUAUCUGUUGAUCCACCUGAUCAUGAUCUCGGUUUCUCUACCACCGAUUAA